AUGUAGAAAUUAAAAGAGCCGCUAGUGGUAUAGCUUUAUGAUAGCUAUAUAAUAGAAAAUAAAUUAGGACCUGAUAGAUACUCAGUCCUUGAAUUAGAAAAAUGUUCAUGUUCAUUAGAUGAAUAUCUUGAAAGAUCAAACAAAGAUGGAUAAUUUAACGAAGAUGACAAAUUUUAAAUAGCUAUCUAAAUUAUUGAUUCUGUCAAUUAUAUUCAUUCAUUUAAUAUCCUUCAUAGGGAUAUUAAACCAGAAAAUUUUUUGGUUUAUUUAGAAGGAAAAUAACCAGAAAUAAAAUUAUGUGAUUUCGGCUUAUCUGCUUAGAUUCCAGAUAAUGUGGAUUCAAUUCAAACUAUAGAACACAUAGGAAAUUUAGGAUAUUCUGCACCUGAAAUACUAAAUAAAAAUGAUAAUGAACUUAAGUUUUAUACAAAGAAAUCUGAUUCAUAUUCAGUAGGAUUAUUGCUAGCUUUGUUAGAUAAUUAUUAAGAUCUAAAGACAAAUACAACUUCAAAUUUCGCAUUAAUGACACAAAAGUAGUUAGAUAAGCCUUUCGAAAAAUCAAAUAUUUAAAUUAACAAAAAUUCAUAAAUUUAUAAAUUUAUUAACCUUCUUGUUCUUUCUGAUAGUAGUUAGAGGGCAUCUCUCUAUGAUAUCGUUGAAUAAAGCGAUAUAAAAUUCUUAACUAAUUCAAAAGAAAUGAAAUAAAUUGUACAAAAAACUCUUUUGGUUCAAAAUGAUAAAAAAUUAGAGUAAAAUGCGACUAUAAAAAUUAAAUCUUUAAAGGAUUUGAGCAAAGCUUAAAAUUACAAUAUUGUUAAAAUAGAUUUAAGUCAUAUUAGAAUUGGUGCAAAGGGUGCAAAAGAUUUAGGCACAGGAAUAGCGUAGUGCAAGAAUAUCACAAGUUUGACACUUGAUUUAAGUGGUAAUAGUAUUGGUGCAUAGGGUGCAAAAGAUUUAGGCACAGGAAUAGCGUAGUGCAAGAAUAUCACAAGUUUGACACUUUAGAUAUAUUCGAAUAGUAUUGGUGAUGUGGAUGCAAAAGAUUUAGGCACAGGAAUAGCGUAGUGCAAGAAUAUCACAAGUUUGACACUUGAUUUAAAUGGUAAUAGUAUUGGUGCAUAGAGUGCAAAAGAUUUAGGCACAGGAAUAGCGUAGUGCAAGAAUAUCACAAGUUUGACACUUUAGUUAAUUGGUAAUAGUAUUGGUGCAUAGAGUGCAAAAGAUUUAGGCACAGGAAUAGCGUAGUGCAAGAAUAUCACAAGUUUGACACUUUAGUUAUUUGGUAAUAGUAUUGGUAAUGUGGGUGCAAAAUAUUUAGGCACAGGAAUAGCGUAGUGCAAGAAUAUCACAAGUUUGACACUUGAUUUAAGUGGUAAUAGUAUUGGUGAUGUGGGUGCAAAAGAUUUAGGCACAGGAAUAGCGUAGUGCAAGAAUAUCACAAAUUUGACACUUGAUUUAAGGGGUAAUAGUAUUGGUGCAUAGAGUGCAAAAGAUUUAGGCACAGGAAUAGC